AUGUCAUCGUCGCAAGCCAUUAUCACCAACACAUCGACCACCACCCAUCUUCCAGUGGACCAUACCGUUUGGACUGGAUUCUGGUCUGACUUUGACCCUCACCGAGGAGGCGAUGGGAAGAUUGUUCGUGCCUUGGGCCGCACUGCGUUGGUCAAUUUAGUGGUGACCGUGACGGGUGGAGGUGGCAUUGCAGGAUAUUUGGCCGGAGGCGCCAUUACGGCCAAUCGAGUGGGCACUGGACUGCACACCCAGAACUCCAAAGAAGUGGUCAAGGGUUUGGCAGUAUUUGGAUCGGCCACGACAGCAAGUGUUGUGGGACAAGUGGUGACGGGAGCAAUCAUGGUGGGUGUUGCGGGAGCCAGUCUGCCCGUGGCUGCAGUCGUGGCCUUUGGAGUUGGCUGCACCAGUGGUAUCACAGCAGGAGCUCUGAGUGAAUGGGGUGUGGACAGUGCGUGGGUGGAAGACGACCAAAACAAAGAGAACGGCACGGAUAAGAAGAGUAUGGAGGACACGGAUCAUACCACCAGUACUACAGCAGAAGACGAUUCGUCAUCUUUCUCAGGUUCAGAUUUUGGCGACGACAAGGACGAUGAGUAUCAAGGACAAGAGGACUCGCAUAGCAUUGGCUCCAGUAGUAGUUCUGACUCGAGCACCCUUGACAAUGUCUUCUGGUUGUGGAACAUGAGGGUUCCUGUAAGAGCCAAGCCCCAAGAUGACGUUGGACAUCAACGGCAGCAGGUGCCUCCUCACAUCGUUGAAUGCAACUGCUUACCGGCCAAACAAGAAGAAGAACCCUUUGGGGCCGUGUCCAGCAUGUUUCGUUCACUGGGAAGUUUCUUGGAAGACAGACGUUUCACAAUAAUGUGGUGA